UCAAAUUUCGGUUUCGGAGAAAAAGAAUAGGUUCAGGUGUCAUGUUAAUUCGUACCGAGUAAUAUAUCUAUUUUUAAUGUAAGAGGCACUGAUAGACACAUUCAUGAAAAUAUAUAUUGUAUUCGAUUAACAAAAAUAUAAAGACAUGAACUUGUAAUUGAACCGUAAAAACUUUUUAAAGUUACUUUUUUUCUUUUUAUAUGCCAACGAACUGUCAUAUCAUACCAAUCGCCUUGAAGUGUUGUCAUUCUCUCAAUUUUUAAAUUGUUUUGUUAUAAAAUUUCUUUAUCAAUAAGUGAUAUACCAAUAUAAAUAAAAAUGUCUUCAGUGCCACAUUUAUUGAGUCACAAUAUCAAGGAAUGCAACGCGAAAACGCGUUAAAAUUACAACCUACAACGUCUCGUACGGUUUCCUCUUCAUCGAAGGCUGCUCUCAUAUUACCCGAGGACGAGGAAUCUUUCUAUACAGCCAGCUUGCAGUUUCUUGAAAAACGGCUACAAGAGAAGACGCAUAAUUCGACUCCCAAAUCAAAUAAUAUAUCACUCUGUUGUAGCAAUUUAUUAAAGACAGGAACACAAGAAAGUAAAGGGGAUACAAUACAGAAAAACUUUGAUGAAUUACCAUCAGGUUCACCGCUGUCUAUACAUCAGCUGUUGCCAUUCCCAAAAACCUCGAAAGAAAGUUUCUUUAGCCGUUUGAAGAAUACGUUUAGAAAGUAUCAACGGAAUUUCUCGAUGGCAGAAUCGAACACUGCCGAAGAACUCGAAGUUUCAAAAUCCAUUUCGGAUUUCAAGUUACCGGUAUAUGUGAAAACACGUUGUGUCCAGUCUUCUUGCUUGGUACAGAUAAAAGAAGAAAAUUCUAAAGAAUAUUUAAACACUCUGAAGAUAAGAGAUAGCUGUACUUCUAGCAGAAAUUGUGAUAUUAUAGAGAACACAGUCAAAUCCUUUAUUACUAGAUGA